GCGGGGCGUCCCGCUUCCUCAGGGCGGGGCUCACGCUGCGCUCGGGGCGGACGGGGGGGGGGCGCGAGGCGGCCUCGCCCCCCGGCUGGAAUCCGUGCGGACCGGGCGAGCCUCGUCGUCCCCGCCGGGCCCCGCGCCCUGUCCCCACCCCCCAGCCUGGGCGAGAGGCGCGCCCUGAAGUCGCGGGGCCGACGCUGCGCGCGGGGCGGGCGCCUCGCCGCUCCCAUCUGCGGGAGGAGGUGCGCUGAGCUCUGGGGGCCUCGUCCAGCCUCCGGGCCAGACCUAAGCCCGCGCACGUUUUGACGAAGGCCUGUGAGCAGACACUGCCUGUUGGGGAACCGGGACGCUCUGGGGCGCCCCCGAGGGCUCUGCUUUCCCGCAGCCGCGCUUUGGCAUCGCUUUGGCGCGUGUCCGCGGCUGUCGGUCCGCUCCGGUCCCUUCCCGCCGCGGCUGCAAAGCGCUUCUUGCGAGAGCAGGUCGCUGGGUCGUCCUCACUGUGGAGUAGGGGGUGGUGCGGCUUCGGAGGGGAAGGACCUUCGUGCCUUGAUGUGUCCAGGGUGGAUAAUGGCAACUGGGCAAGGCCACCUGAGCGAGCUGGAGGCUGGGGAGGACGGACGUCACCGGGCCUCCUCCCCAGCUGGGCCAGCCUCCUCUGUCCCUGGGACCCGGCCCUGGAAAUGAGCUGGGGAGAGCUCCUGGCAGGGAACCCUGCAUGCUGGGAGUGUCAGACGGAGGAGGACGGUGCGCUCAGAGGGCUGAGCUCUUUGGGUUCUGUGGAAGGCGGCAUGGGCUGAGCUGGAACUGACCUGCAUGACCAGCAAAGGAGGAGCAGGUGAGGGAGCGCUGGGUCAGGAGCACCGUCUGAGGUCAGGUGGCCUGCACCCGCCCCCUCCACUCACAAAAUGUGACCUUGGAUGAAUAAUGGGAAGGAUGCCUAGAAGCCGCCCGGCAUGCUCUGCCCGCCGCACGCCGAGGUGCCUGACCAUGAGCCUCAACUCCUCCCUCGGCCACAGGAAGGAGCUGAGUAACCGCACGCACGAGGAUGGUGGCGCCGGGGGCGGCGCCAUCGCCGACUUUGUCACCAUCAUCAUCAUCACCGUUUUCGUCUGCCUGGGCAACCUGCUCGUCGUGGUCACCUUGUACAAGAAGUCCUACCUGCUCACCCUCAGCAACAAGUUCGUCUUCAGCCUGACCCUGUCCAACUUCCUGCUGUCCGUGCUGGUGCUGCCCUUUGUGGCCACCAGCUCCGUCCGGAGGGAAUGGGUCUUCGGUGUGGUCUGGUGCAACUUCUCAGCCCUUCUGUACCUGCUCAUCAGCUCGGCCAGCAUGCUCACGCUUGGGGUCAUCGCCGUGGACCGCUACUACGCUGUCCUGUACCCCAUGGCAUACCCCAUGAAGAUCACGGGGAACCGGGCUGUGAUGGCUCUGGUCUACAUCUGGCUUCACUCCCUCGUCGGCUGCCUGCCACCUCUGUUUGGCUGGUCGUCCGUGGAGUUCGACGAGUUCAAGUGGAUGUGUGUGGCCGCGUGGCACCGGGAGCCUGGCUACACGGCCUUCUGGCAGAUCUGGUGCGCCCUGUUCCCCUUUCUGGUCAUGCUGGUGUGCUACGGCUUCAUCUUCCGGGUGGCCAGGGUCAAGGCGCGCAAGGUGCACUGUGGCACGGUGGUCCUGGCAGGGGAGGACACCCAGAGGGACGGGAGGAAGAACUCCAGCACCUCCACCUCUUCGUCCGGCAGUAGGAGGACCGCCUUGCAGGGUGUGGUCUACUCGGCCAACCAGUGCAAAGCCCUCCUCACCAUCCUGGUGGUCCUCGGGGCCUUCUCCAUCACCUGGGGCCCCUACAUGCUUGUCAUCACCUCCGAGGCCCUCUGGGGGAAGAACUCCGUCUCCCCGGCCCUGGAGACCUGGGCCACGUGGCUGUCCUUCACCAGCGCCAUCUGCCACCCCCUGAUCUACGGGCUCUGGAACAAGACGGUCCGCAAGGAGUUGCUGGGCAUGUGCUUUGGGGAUCGGUACUACCGGGAGCCGUUCGUUCAGCGACAGAGGACGUCCCGGCUCUUCAGCAUCUCCAACAGGAUCACAGACCUGGGCCUGUCCCCCCACCUCACAGCGCUCAUGGUGGGCGGACAGCCCCUCGGGAACAGCAGCAGCACGGGGGACACCGGCUUCAGCUGCUCCCAGGACUCAGGCACAGACGUGAUGCUGCUGGAGGACGGCACGCCCGAGGACAGCCCUCCCUCCCACUGCACCUGCCCCCCCAAGAGAAGGAGCUCCGUGACCUUUGAGGACGAAGUGGAACAAGUUAAAGACGCUGCCAGGAGCCCCGUUCUUCGCGUGGGAGCCGAGCUGCACCAGUCCCUGGACGGUUAUGCGGCCAGCUUGGCCAAAGUCAUAGAGGCUGAAGCCAAAGUCAAGCUGUUCGGGGAGGAGGCGUUGCCAGGGGUCCUGGCCAUGGCCCGGACCGUCCCCGGGGCUGGCUUCGGGGGCCGCCGGGGCAGCAGGACGCCUGCGAGUCAGCGGCUACAGCUGCAGAGCAUCGAGGAAGGGAACGUCUGAGCCGCAGGACGGACAUGAGGGCCUCAGGGUGGACGGUCCUGCAGGGGGGCGCCUGGGGAAGCACAUCUGGGGGCCGCCACCAGGAAAACACUAAGUACAGGGUCUCGUGAGGCCGCAUGCCGGCUCCGGGUGGGUCGUGGUGAUGGGACCAGAGGCCUCGGAGGCACAGAGGUCAGCAGCGGAGGUGUGGCCAUGACUUUUGGGGGCGUGUAGAAGGGGGACCAGGGACCCUGGCUUGGAAGGAAACCACCACGUGGAUUACCGCCUCUCUGGGACCCGGGAGUCACGUGGGGCACUGUCCCCGAGGUCUCGGGAGGGCAGCCCAUUGCGGUGUGCUGUGGAGGACAGCAGGUGUCCCCAACAAAGCAGGAUGGUCCCCUGGGCCUCCGCACGGCCGAUGCAGGCUCCGCCGACCGCUCCCCACAGAACCUAGAGCAGAGACCCUCACGUGGGCUCCGCACGCCUCUGUCCUGGUGGGGACCUUGCGGUCAGUGGGAGCCAUCCGCUGCCGUUAGGGGGGCAGCUCCGGCCGUGGGGCUGCUGUUGGAGGGGUGGGGGCCGUCCUGCCCGCUUCCCUGUUGACUGAUGCUUUGCUGUUCAAAAGAAGGGAGCAACCACUGUAAGAGACGAGGAAGGGGUGAGAUGUUUCAUUUCCAGAAUAAAAAAACAGUCCAUUUGGUU